CCAAAGUUUGUUGUGAUGACGUCGCACAAAUUCGUGUCCGCCGCAUCAAUAGUUCGUGGGGAAACAAACGAAGCGCGCUUUCCCCUAGCUGUUGUUUCUCGACCCACGAGGAAAGAGAGGUGUCGUUUCCCGUCGGAUGACGCACACCGUGUGUUGUCAGCAGUGCGGGGCGGAAGCGUCUCUACUGAGGCCAACUCCGAAAAGGCUAUCUGUCGUUCAUUCGUGCCAGUCGACCCCCUCCAAAUACUCACCUUGGGGAUGGUGCAGCCCCUGCGAAAUCUGCGGAGCUUCCUGGAGCACCGGCCUCCAUUCGUCAUCUUUUUGGUUUGCCUGUUGUCCUUGGCGGGCUGCUUCUUCAGCUUCAGCUUCUAUGUCCAGACACAUGAAGUUCAGAAUCCUGAUGUCAACCAGGAUUGGAAUCAGCUAUUGAGUGCCCUCUCCCAGCUCUGGUUUUGUGUCCCGGCCAACAGAACUGACGAGUUGAUGUCUCCUCAAGAAAUGAAGAAAACCCACGGGGCGUCUCCUCUAAUUGGGAAGCACGCCUCUGACCGAGAAGCCAGCAGCGCUGCGGGGUCUUCCCGCACUCUGAGGAACUUCUCUUUUGUCGUAUCUGUACAUUCGGAGAGACCUUCGGAGGAGCUGAAGCCAUUUAAUAUCUGGACCACUGUGCAGGGGCAGAAGCUGGGCUUUAAAGGUUUGGGUGCCACGAACUCUCUGAAUCUGACGAUUGCAUUUCCCUGGUGGCCUGUGCCAGAGAGAGACACCUCAAAUGGCAGUGAGGCACAUGCGUGUGUCACUGUUACGGCUCCCUCGAGCAUCCUGCCCAAAAUCAACUCUCCUCCCAAGUGUCACAACCAACCAACCACUGAACUCAGGUAUGUGGUGCCUUCUUCAGAAGAUAUCGACCAGGCCGAUCCUGAACUGGCAUGUCAUCGGUUCACCCACCACCCCGACCCGGCACUCACAGUCAUGCUGUCAAAGGAUGAAAAGGCCCUUGCAGUACAACAUCUGAUAGUCGUCAGCACUUUCCUCCUCCUCCUGUGUGCAUUUGUUUGCAUUUUGGCUUCUUCUUACAGUAAAAAGCACAAGAACCAUAGCAACGGAGCAGACUCACAGAAGGAGUCUCUUAUCGGAUCUUAAUUUUAUUGUUCUUCCGGGUUCUGGGUUACCCCUGGUGGAUGUUCAUCUUCUUUUUGAGACACGCUUGAGAUGUCACUUGAUUUCCUCUGUUUGGCACAUCCAAAAUAGAAGACCGCUGUUGACUUUUGUGUUGCCAUCAAUCCCAGUUGAAAGACUAGAAGAAUGCUGGAUUUUUACCGGUGGGACUGUUUGCUUAUGCACUCAUGUGAUAACACUGCCAAUAGAACCGCCAGCUGUUUCGUUGCUAUCUGGGGACCUGGGUGACUCUCCUUCAGGGUGCUCUGAGUGAAGGCACUCUGGAUACCAAAAUCUGACCUCAAGUGUCAGAAACAUGACAGAGUUGGCCCAAAGCAACUUCAUGUUCUGGGUGUUUUUGUUUGUUUGUUUUAAACUGGGUGAUAUCUUAAAGGUACUGGUUUCAAUGCAGAUGAAAUAUCUUCUCAGUUUGGUUCUUGGUUUUUAUUUGCUGGACUUGCUCAGAUGUCUCUCUUUGUUGACUCAAAAGUUGAGUUGGUGAAAGUAAAAGAGUAAAGCAAUAAAUGAUGACUACGGGGAAAAAUGAAAAUAAUAAAUGAUGCAAUGUUUUAUUAUUAAAUACAUGACCCGUGUGAAAUAUGGCAAGUAUUGGGAUACUUAACCAGAAUUGUGAAAUGCCAUCUUUAUACCUUUGUUGCGAUACACACACAUUGUGUAUGUUUGUUAGAAAUGAAAGCAAGAAAUGUGACAAUACUAAUACUACUACAACAUGGCCAAUAUGAACAAUUUCGUUUUAGAUGUUCAACUUUUCAUAUACACUGGAUCAUUUCAGUAGUAAUGUGCUCAUCAUUGAUCCAGAGUCUUUGGAAGAACAUAUUCCAAUAACAAUAGCGCAGACCAACAAGAAAAUACAUUUUAAACCUUUACACAAACCUCACAAUGACUGCAUGAAAUUGGAAGAGAAAACACAACAGCAGAGUCCGGCCAGUGCCAACGGCGUCUCAUCAUGUUCACUGUACUUGAUAUUUCUUUACAUGAAAACACAUUUCCUGUAACCGUUAAAUUAUAUAAAUUAGUGUCAUAUUCUAUGUAUUACUUUUUAAAAAAAAUUAUUCUAUGUUCCCUUCUUUCUAGAUGAGAUCCUAGGAAUAGAACUCCCACUUUAAACAUUGUUUUAUUCCCGUCUCUGUAUUUAGUACACACGAUUGGAUGUAGUAAUAUUGUACCACGAUAAAUCCAGCCAGGAAUAGUCAAAUAAUUGUACAUAAAUAGAAUUGAGGAUGAAGAUUUGUGUUUCAGGAGAAACCAGUGGCAUCCUAGCUUUACAGUAACAAUCUAUGGCAAUGCCAUUUUUAAUGGUGUAAAAUAACAAGAUACAACCUUCAUAACAGAGUUAGCACGUACAGUGGGAACACUUCACACCUUUCAGUUUUCACUGCUGUUCAUGAACUCAACAUUUUCUAUUUACAGUAAUAAUUUUUCAUAUUGGUUCCUACUAUCUAAUUCAGUUUACACACUGACGACAUGACAGGCGUUAUGAUUAGCCAGGGUUAUUGUUUCAGCAAAUCAGUUUAAGUUCUGUUUUUGUAGUCAGAUAAAAUCUUGACCAUAACAAAUAUGAAUAAAUUUGAAAAUAAAAAGUAAAACUACCAAAGACUUGACACUCUUGUAGUCUACGCACAAAGUCUGUAAUAAUCAAGUCUGGGCAUUUUUCAAACACACCUGCCAACUGUGACCAUAAGUAAAAUCUAAGAAAUAUUUUUCCCCAUGUAAGUAGUAACAAUUUAACUUAACACCAGGUAUUUGCAUUUAGAUACUGGAUAUACACGUUCUUUUGUAGUGUUCUGCCUGUGCUGUACAUCAACUGCUACAUUUGUGACAUCUUUAAAGCACCCAUGUUUUAUUUCCUCUAGAGACUAUUCCCGGUAUUGUUCAAGUACAUACAAUCAAUUCAUGGCUUUAAGGACCAUCAAUUAAAAAAAAAAAAAAAAUAUCUAUUUGCCUGAAAGUAGGCGACACUGGCACAGCUGGAUUGUGGAAAAUUCUGGAGGACAGCACACCCACUAUAAAAUACAUCAAUCAUUUUGGGAGUGCGACUGAUGUUUUUUUUUUCUUGAAGUCCAGUAUUCCUAACAAAAGGUGAGACAUGUUGGCUCUGUUGUUGCAAUAAUGGGAAGACAACAUCAACGAUGUCGGCAUGAAGGCUAGCAGAGCAGUUUCAUGAGGAAAGGAAGACAAUCACCGUGAAUAAUUUACACCAUCCAGAGAAGUAAUACUUCACAGCACUGGGCAUUGUGUCGUCUAUAAUGAGUGUCACCAUCAACUGGUCUCAGUCUCGAGCACUACCCACUGUCCUAUCAUCAGUGGUUACUUCUCUUAUCCUAUAUGGUUUACACCAAAGACACCAUCUCCUGCUGAAUGUUUGGUUCUGCACUGUAUAAAUCUUGUCACUCAUAGCAUGUUAUUGGACACUUGAAGCCAUUUCCCAACAGGACAUGAGGCUACCAUCGUCUGAGAACGUCUACGUCAUAUCCAAAUCCUUACCUGGCCAGCUCUUUUCCAUUAGCGGUUUCCAAUAUAACACAUAUUGAAAAUGUGAUGUUAAACACUCUGUACUUUAAUGUUUGCUUGUAUCAACAGCUGCAUAAUGCUUGGUUUAGCAUGUCACAGAAUGUCCAGAUUUUGUACCCACAGCAGCUAAUUUGGCAGAAUAUCAGCUUUGUCCCCCAUCUGUGAUUGUGUGCAGUUUGUGUAACAUUUCUUCCCACACGCAAAAAAGUAUUUUAGAUUGUUUGAUGUUGACUUUUUAUGAGCAUGUUAUGGGAUGAUGUUCUGUCCCCAGCUAAAGCAUGCCUUGAGUUCGGUCCUUCCAACUAUAUGAUUGAAUUAAGCAGGUUCGGAAAAUGGAGUGUUGUCUGUUCCAUCUCUCAUACUAUGCUAAACAUUUCCUAUUAAUUUCUCAUUUGUUGAUUUUUUUUUUUUUAUUCACCAUUGCUUAGUUUAGUA